AGUAACGAGCAGUUUUCACCGAAAAAUCUUCCGGUACCAUCUAGCUUAAAUAGCCAAACCAUCUGGAAUAAGUUUCAUUUGGGCAGCAGUAUUGUUUGUGUUUCGUCCGCUGUUAAACAAAACCAUGAAGGGUUCUGCAGUUAUUGCGUCGUGCGUUUUGCUGAGUAUGGUCACAUGGUCGCAGUGUUUGCCGUACGGCGGAUAUCAACUGCAGACCCAGUCGCUCGGCGGCCACGGACAGUCUUACAACAACUACCCACAUGGGCAGCAACAGGUGGCAGAGCUGUACAACCAUCAUACCACACAGGUGCAGGAAGAACACGAGGACCAUCACGAACCGGUGCACUAUUCGUUCCACUAUGACGUGCACGACCCACACACGGGUGACGUGAAGAGCCAGCACGAGACGAGGUCCGGCGACGUGGUGAACGGGUUCUACACGCUGGUGGAACCGGACGGCACCAUCCGGACGGUUAAGUAUACGGCGGACAAACACAACGGAUUCAACGCUGUGGUGGACCGCAAGAAACCGAACUUUGACGUCGAUUCAUUCAACUACCACCAACAACAACCAAAACAACAACAUCACUAUAAUUGACGACGUCCUACACGGACACAGUAGCGUGCUCAGCUUUUUUAAAAGGGGGGAGGGAUAUAUUGCCCGUCCAAAUAGAUAAGUAUGAAUUUUCAAUUAUUUUCAGACUUCGUUAUAUAGCAAAAAAAAUAAAUAUAUAUUCUUGUAUUAACUCAUCGCGGGUGCCGUAGUUAAUUAUAAUAUAAUCGUAUGUAUUGAUAUAGUAUAUGUUACUAUAAUGUAAUAUAUUGACGUAAAUCACGGCGGAUGGCGGUAAAUAUGCUUUCAUUAAUUUAUCGUGUAUUUUAUUUUCAUCAAUAAAUGAUUAUAACUUUUAAGAAAAACUAAAAAUCAUACAGAAAAUAAUAUUGAAAUAAAAAAUAAAGAAAAUAUUGUACCGCUCUCUCUUGAGCACACACCCCUGUAUGAAGUACCUAAAAACAAUUUGUUUAUCAAUUCGAUCGUUACCCAUACAAAUAAUAACCCGUAACGCUAAAAAUUACAAUCAUUCGCCUCUCUCCACCUCACCAGUCAUUUAUCACGUAAUUUACAAAUUUUAAAACAUAUUAAAUUAUUUCAUAAUUUAUAAUACAGGCAUGUGUAUAAUGUUAUUAAUAAAAUAUAUUUAUGUAAUAGAAAAUCCCUAAAUUUUGACAUGAAUACCGAUUCAAAAUUACGCAUGACAUAAGUACAAAAAUAAAACGAUUUUAGAGAUACAUCACCAAACCCUUUAAAAUAACGCGAUUAAUUAUAUAUUUCCAAUGGCAUCCUGUAUUCAUUAAUCAAGCGUUCUCGUGGAGAAUAUUUCUCCACAUAUAUAUUUAAUAGGUGUAAUAUAUUUUUGUUCCUAACUACCUCCCAUCUUUCUUCCAAUGAUUUUAAUCACCUGUACAUUACGGUUUGUAUAUUAUCUACCUCGUGUUAUGUAUAUUCCUAUAUAUUAUAGUUUUGUUUUUCCGUUGUAAAUGAUAAUAACGUCUUUGUCUACUUACUUUAAUUGUUUGGUUAUUUUGUCGAUUUAAUAAUUUCAUAAAUAAAUUAAAAAUAAAAAUCUUAUCGAAUAAACUACGGCCGUCAUACACUGAACAUCCGCAAUCUCUAGAGUUUAUAGUUUAUUAUAAUACAAUGUUUAUACUGUUAUGAUUAUGCAAGUCAAGUCAAAAAAUUACACCUACAUUUGUUUUGUUUUUCAUAAACCUAAAUAAAGUUGCUUGACGCAUUGUAUUUUGUGAUAUUAUGAUGUAUGAUGUAAAAAUGUUUUUUUUUCUUUGAAAAUAUUGUUUGAUCUGUUG